GUCCUCGAUUGGGCCUAUACUCUUCCAAUUGAACAAUCUGUCUCUUGACACUAUGACAUUUGAUCCCACUCUAUUACGGGUCGCAGUAGCUGUAAAUACCCGAUGGCGAUUCACAAUAAUAUCCUUCGAUCACGCUGGCUCUUCGAUCACUGUUGGUCCGAUCACUUUCGACGCGAGGCACCUAAAGUACUUCUUCGGCCUUGACUAUUGAAUUCUUCCUGGGCCACCUACUCAUUUACCCCACAGCACUAUCUUUUACGGUAGCUCAGAGACUCGUCAUGGUUUAUUCGGCUUGUCGCUGGGCCUGGUUCUCCAUCUAUACCCAAACUCUCCCCACUCCGAUUUCCCACUUCUUAUUAACGUUUUUCUAUUCCACAAACCACGCCCCAUUCGAAGCAAGCAUGAUUGCGACUCAGAUAGUUCUGAACCCAUUUUGUAACAACGUACCACACGCCUAACAUGGCCUUCUUUAUAGGCGUCGUGUCACG